AUAACAAUCUUUGUUGAUUAGUAAAAUUUACUCGAAAUCGUUUAUAAUUAAAGUUCAAUCAAGAUUAAUUAUGAAAUUCCAUCAAUUACUCCAAAUAAUUGGGGGUAUUUUAACUAACCAAUAUCUCGAAAUGGUCUUUAAUUGUUUAGAUUAAAAUUGCAAUGGAAUAGAAUUUAAUUCAGAUUGUUUAUAUCGAAUCUUAUUCGAUACCAAGUUCGAUAGUAUCGAAGAAUUUUUUUAAAAAGAAAUUUAAUCAAAUCGUUCUUGUUGUUGUUCAGUUUACUUUCUUUCAGCGCUUUGAUUGUGACAGUUAAUUAAUUCUUUUAAUUGAUGAAAUUAAUUAAUUGUAAUUUUUAUCGAUUAUUAGGCUUAAUUGUGAACUAAUUGACCAAUUAAAAUGAAUGACGAAAGUUCAACCAAACGAGCUGAUUAACAAGUGUAUAAACAAUUAAUGCCUCAGCAAUUACAAGUUAAUUUAGUUUUAAUGUUGUCCAAUUAUUGCUAAAGUUUCGAAGUGAUUUUUGGGGUUACAAUUUUGGUAAUUAAUCUUCAGUGAUUUAAAGCAUUUUAUACAUAGCUAAAAAGGGAUAAUCUCUUAUAAACAGUGAGCUAAUCCCUUUAGCUAAUGGGAGUUAAAGAAAUCGCCUCUGAUAAUUGUUCUUCAAUCUAUUCAGUGUUUUCCAUUCUACUUCUUGGAUCAUCUUUACCUUAAAUUAUGCCUGACUUGAUUUCUUGGAUCAUCUUUCUGGCUCAUAUUCACCAACCGAGAUUAAAAGCGGAAAUAUAUUAGUUUUAAGAUCAAUUGAUUAGGAGAUUAAUCUUCAUGGCAGAAGUAACAAGUAAUCGAUCGAUCGCCAAGUUGGACUGUGGUCACGACCAAAGUGACGUUUUUUAUAUUCACAAAUGUUUGAAGACUUUUUGUGAUGAGUGCAGGCAAGAAAAUCGUUUAAGUGUCUUAUGGAACAUUGAACUCGUCAAAACUGAUUAUCUCAAAGCCAUUGACAGGAAAAGAUGUGUAGGUACUUCUAUUUGCAACAAUCAAGCCAUUUACCGUUGUUCGUGUGGAAAUAAAGAUUUUUGUUGGAUUCAUUUACACGAAUAUCAUGUUUUAGUUUUGCCACAAAAAAGGUGCUUGCCUACGAUGCUCGAUUCGGACACAAAUGCCGAACCAUGUUCCAAGUGUGAGCAUUUCAUCGCUAAAUUUAUGGACCAGACAACUAAUGAGCUUUUCUGUGAAUCAUGCAAAAAUGAUAAUAAUUCAUCUAAUUUCGUGGAAAUUGACCUAGAUAACAACAGAAAUAUUACCGAAAAUCUUAAAAUUUAUUGUGCUGAUGUACAAAAGCGAUUGGAUCUGUUGAACACAAAACUAAAUGAGUACACGAUCGAAAUAGAAAACGAAAAGGCCGAAUUCAAUAAAGGAAUCGGUCACAUGAGAAGUGAAUUAAAGUGUUACUUGAGUGCUAACAAGGUCAAAAUAGAUUCUUUGCGAGCGGAAGUGGACAAAGUUAAACAAUUUUUGAGUCGUUUGAAUCGCAAUGAUAAAUUUGGAAUAAUCAAUCUCACCAAGUCGAAUAAGCUCGACCAUAAACUUGCAGACUCGAAAUUAAAGUUAUGGGUCGAAGAAAUAGUGAAAUCGUAUGUUAUUCCUGAAUUGACCAAAUCGGGUGUAGAUUGGGCUAAAGAAUCUGAAAGAGCUUUUCGUGAGCUGGUUCCUGGUCCACGGAACUGGAAUCUCAAUCAUGGUCCAUUCUUUCCUGAUAGUUUACUCGAAUUAACCUACGACUUAAUCAAAGAUAUGAAUUCGCACAAAGAUAGCUGUUUAGAUUCAUCUUGUUACUGUCAACAAAACAGCCUCAUGAAAAAAUUUCACGGCCUCAAGACUAAAGGUAAACUUUCGCAAAAUAAUCUAGAUUAUUUGCUUGACUGCUGGGCCACUGAUGGCGGUGAUGUAACUCUAUUGAUUGAAACUGGUAAACGAGCUCUUAAUCAGUCUGAUUUUCUCAUCGCACGUGUUUGUUUUGAAGAAGCUCAUCGAAUCAGUCCGACCAAUUGGAUUGCUCUUGACACCUUAAUAGAUCUUUAUUUCGUACUCGAUGAUUACCGUAAUUGUCUUAAACUCGCAAUCAAAGGAUUAACGAAAGACAGCCAUUACUUCAAAGCUCGUGUUUUAAUAUCAGAGAUUUUGAAAUCAACACCAACCUUGAAACCAGAAAUACCGGUUGGUCUGGAUUAUCUACUCGAUUGUAGUUCCGCAAGUGUUAUGGCAAGAAAAACAAAAACUUUAAACGAACUCAAGAAGACGAAACAACUUCGUGAUGGACAAAAGAAGACUGAAUCGCAGCAAGAAAAUGUUCGAAAAUCUCUGCAAUUAGAUCUCAAUUCAGAAACACUUGCGUCGUUACAAUCCCUUAUUUCAGCUCUAAUAAUUGUUAAUAGUGAAAUGGAAAAACAAAGACUCAAUUAUAGAACAGUAAUAACAUUGAAAAUCUCUGGCGAUUCUCGUUCCAAUGCUUCUGUAAGUAACGGGUCGAACUCUUCCAAAGAAAAUCAAAAUCAUAAAAGAAAGAGCCAAGGUGAUGAUCCAUCAGCAAAACGAAGACCAGUUCAAGAUUCACAGCCACAAGAUCCAACAGCCGAAAAUAUGUACAAAAAGAUAUUCUUAAUGUUCCCUGAAAAUAUUUUAGCUCGUGACGUAGCCCAAGAAGAUGAGCUAGAGGUACAAACGCAAAACGAAGCUCAAGUGGAACAUUUAAUUUUAACUCGUUACCGCUCGAAACAAAUGCCAUUCGAUUCUAAAGGAAAACAAAUAUAUCGGCUCAUCACUGAUCUUCUUUAUGAAAUAGCAAACGAAGCCACUGCGAUCAAAUUACCUUCUAAUUUCAUGGAUCUGUAUAGAAUUUAUCGAAAAUGGAAUAAGUUACCGACACCUUUAACGUGCUCUAUUGAGAAUAUAAGUGUUAACAAGACAAAACUAAUUUUAAAAGCUAAUGAAGUUCAAUUCAAUCAAUCUGAAGCAAUAUUUCUAACUGAAUCAAUUCCAUAUCUACGAAUUUUAUUCAACACCAACGAUUAUGAUAAUUUUUUCAUUCGUCUCUUGACUCUUCGAGGAAUCAAAGAAUCCAAAGUUGAUUAUCUUCUAAAGGCGAAUCAAGUUUUCGAAAAGUCUAACCUCAAAUCAGUGCAAGCGGCAAAUCAAACUGUCUAUACCUCAUUUUCACUUAGAUCAAUGAUUAACAAAAUGAAUGAGAAUAAUUUGGACACUUUACUGUACCAACAUAAACUCGAGGAAACUGUUGAACUAUUAGCAUCUAAAUCUAAACUCUCUGAACAAGAAGAAGAGUAUCUUUGUCAAGCUAUUCAAUCAUCAAAGCGAUGGAAACGAGGGAUCGAAAUGAUUGCUCGAACUGAACAAUUAACUGAUCGACUGCUAAAGCUACUACUAUCCUGUCUAAAGAAUAGUGAUGGAACAUCUAUUGAUCGUCAAUUAGCGAUCAAGUUGUUAAAGUUGGGAACAAGAGACUACAAUGUAAUGGCCUGGAUUUGUAUUCUACAAACAUUUAUAAUCGAGAUGCGACUUGGUAACAUGGACGGAAAAAAAAUUGCCGAUUUUAUUAACUUGGUUCAUAAUUAUCUAGGGAAUAAAGAAGCCUGUUGUGAUUCCAAUGGAGAGUUUUUAUCUCUGGCACUUGAUUAUCUAAUUUGUCAAUAUAGCAGAAACAAAGAGGAACUAAUUCUUAGCUGCCUUGGUUGUUUUUACAAACAAUUAAAAUGUAGCUUCUUGUCAGCUCAUCAAGGAGCAGGGGUUAGUCUACAUUGGAAGGACAUUCGUACUAUUUACAAUCACUACAUUCCAAAAACUUUACCAACUUUUUAUAGUGAAACAAGUAAAUCAAUUAGUUCAAAUGUUGAGGAAUUGUUACGCAAUUUGCUUCCCUUGGUCCCUGACAAUCUAAAACCUGAAAGAUUUUCUAAUUCUGUCAAAGAAUUUAUCGAUCAUGAAAAAUCGAUGGAGCCUAUAACAAGUAUUCCAAAAAAUCAUGUUACUCAAGAUCUUUACUAUUAUUUAGCUGAUUAUUACUUAAAACACGAAGACUUUCAGAAAGCCAUCAAAUUUUAUAUUCUUGAUUUAACUUUAAAUCGAAAGCGAUUUGAUUCUUGGGUUGGUUGUGCUCUUGCAAUAACAAGUCAAAUUGAUCAAUAUUCUUCGACUUAUGGUCGAGUUUUCUACUCAUCUACUGAUGAAGUUUUGCUCUUGGGAGAAAAAGUGUUACGUUGUUUCUACGAAGCGGUUAAGCUGAAAAAGAGCGAAUCCAAGGUAUGGUUCGAAUAUGGAAAGUUCGCUUAUUAUAUUUCGAGUUAUAUUUCUCGAGUCAUUAAAUUUGGACCAGUCUUGGAGAAUUCACAAAAAGAAGAAAUGAAAAAACAACGGAAGCGAUUUCUAGAUAUAGCUCGAGAUUGCUUCGAACGUGGCACUAACAAAAACUUACCUGCUUCCGAUGAAAUCUAUUUUAAUUAUUAUUUUCUAGGAAAAAUCGCUGAAAGAAGUAACAUCUUACAGGCACUUCGCUUUUACAAAUCAUCUAUGUCUCAUCCUAUUUCAAGUGAAGCGACUACUGGAAUUGAUAAUGUCAAUUCCAUCAUUUUAAUUCAUCGUUUUGGGAUCGAAAUUAACUAUCGGAUUCACGCUUGUGUCCUUAAGUAUAUCCUUAAACAUGAAAAUCUAUCAACGCAAAUAUUAUCACAAAUUCUGGUGUUUUUAACUGGUGCUGAAGAAAGCACUUUCUUUGGUUCUUUACCAGAAAGUGAAAUAACCGCUGAAGAUGCCGAGAAUGUGGUGCCGGAAAGUGAAGUAGAACUGUAUGAAAGGAUUCGAAAAAUGUGUGUGGGUCAAAUGUUCAGAAUCUUACGAAGUUAUCCUGACCAUUGCAAAUCCCUUUAUCGAAUUGCGCAUCAUUUUCUUAAAGAUCCUCUAUUCGCUCUAGAGAUACUCACCAAAUCAUUUCAAUCGACAACUCGUCCAGAAAGUUCCACUGCUUCUGGAACUGAGGGAAAUGCAUCAACAAAUUUUUCAUCGAUUAGAGAUUUUUCGACCCGACUAAAUGUGAUUAUUAUUUAUUCCAUGGAAUCCAGAAGACAUCUAACAAUUUUAUCGAAAGACCAGGAAGUUUCUGUACUCACAUCCGUCGAUCGACAGAUUUAUUGA